CUCUCCACUCACCUGCUCAUUCCUCCUGUGUACCUCCCCUUGGGCAGGUAAACCAGUCGGGUAUAUAAAUAUAUUCAAACCUGAGUUAGCUAUCCAGGGAGCUCUGGGGUGCCUCGAGACGUCGAGAAAGCGAGAGAGAGACGUAGACGUGUAACAGGUGGAGUUUCUCAGGAUAAGGAGCAAGUAUAUUCUCUUUACAAACCACUGGGAUUGAGAGUCCUAGGACAGCAGUGCAAGUAUGGGGCUUGGAAAGGGGAAAGAUGAUUAUAAGCUGGCGGCGACCUCAGAGGACAAUGGAAAUAAAAAGAGUAAAAAGGAGGUGAAGAAAGCAAAGGAGAAGAAGGACAUGGACGAUCUGAAAAAGGAAGUUGACCUGGAUGACCACAAGUUGACCUUGGAUGAACUUCACAGGAAAUACGGCACAGACUUAGCCAGGGGUCUAACCUCAGCUCGGGCUAAGGAGAUCCUUCUUCGCGAUGGCCCCAACACCCUGACCCCUCCUCCCACUACCCCUGAGUGGGUGAAGUUCUGCAGGCAGCUCUUUGGCGGGUUCUCCAUGCUGCUGUGGAUCGGAGCUAUGCUCUGCUUCCUGGCCUACGGAAUCCAGGCCGCCUCCGAGGAUGAGCCGGCCAAUGAUAAUUUGUACCUGGGUGUUGUACUCUCUGUUGUCGUGAUUGUCACUGGCUGUUUCUCCUACUACCAAGAGGCCAAGAGCUCAAAGAUCAUGGACUCCUUCAAGAACCUGGUCCCACAGCAAGCCCUGGUUGUCCGUGACGGUGAGAAGAAGAACAUCAACGCUGAAGAAGUGGUAGUUGGAGAUCUGGUGGAGGUGAAAGGUGGAGACAGGAUCCCAGCUGAUUUGCGUAUCGUCUCUGCCAGCGGCUGCAAGGUGGACAACUCCUCCCUCACUGGUGAAUCUGAGCCCCAGACACGUACUCCGGAUUUCUCCAAUGACAACCCCCUGGAGACGAGGAACAUUGCCUUCUUCUCUACCAACUGUGUUGAAGGAACUGCCAGAGGUAUCGUCAUCAACACUGGUGACCACACUGUAAUGGGUCGUAUCGCCACCUUGGCCACGAGUCUGGAGGGUGGGAAGACGCCUAUAGCCAAAGAGAUUGAGCACUUUAUCCACAUCAUCACCGGUGUGGCCGUCUUCCUGGGCGUGUCUUUCUUUGUCCUAUCCCUCAUUCUGGGAUAUGGUUGGCUGGAAGCUGUCAUCUUCCUCAUUGGAAUCAUCGUCGCUAAUGUGCCAGAGGGUCUCCUGGCUACUGUAACUGUGUGUCUAACUCUGACUGCCAAGCGUAUGGCCAAGAAGAACUGCCUGGUGAAGAAUCUCGAAGCUGUUGAGACCCUGGGCUCCACCUCCACCAUCUGUUCCGACAAGACUGGAACCCUGACUCAGAACAGAAUGACCGUGGCUCACAUGUGGUUCGACAACCAGAUCCAUGAGGCUGACACCACAGAGAACCAGAGCGGUACCUCCUUCGACAAAAGCUCUGCCACCUGGGCUGCCCUGGCUAGAGUCGCUGGCCUGUGCAACCGCGCCGUCUUCUUGGCAGAACAGAACAACGUACCAAUCCUCAAGAGAGAUGUGGCUGGUGAUGCUUCAGAGUCUGCCCUGCUGAAGUGUAUCGAGCUGUGUUGCGGAUCUGUCAAAGACAUGAGAGAAAAGUACAGCAAGAUCGCUGAGAUUCCCUUCAACUCGACCAACAAAUACCAGCUCUCCAUUCAUAAGAACAUCCUGGCCGGAGAGUCCAAGCACCUGCUGGUGAUGAAGGGCGCCCCUGAGAGGAUUCUGGACCGCUGCUCCACCAUUUUGAUCCAGGGCAAAGAACAGCCUCUGGAUGACGAGUUGAAGGAAGCCUUCCAGAAUGCCUACGAAGAGCUGGGAGGGCUGGGAGAGAGAGUGCUCGGUUUCUGCCAUUUCCAGCUCCCUGAUGACCAGUUUGCCGUAGGCUUUGACUUUGACUGCGAAGAGGUGAACUUCCCCACUGAGAAUCUGUGCUUCGUCGGCCUAAUGUCCAUGAUUGACCCCCCCCGUGCUGCUGUGCCUGACGCUGUGGGAAAGUGCAGGAGUGCUGGAAUCAAGGUUAUCAUGGUCACUGGUGAUCAUCCCAUCACUGCUAAGGCCAUUGCCAAGGGUGUGGGCAUCAUCUCUGAAGGAAACGAGACUGUUGAGGACAUUUCUGCUCGUCUGAAAAUCCCAGUUUCUGAGGUCAAUCCAAGAGAUGCCAAGGCCUGUGUUGUACACGGUGGAGAGCUGAAGGACCUUUCCGGCGAACAGUUGGACGACAUUUUGGCUAAUCACACUGAGAUUGUGUUUGCCAGAACUUCUCCUCAGCAGAAGCUGAUCAUUGUGGAGGGUUGCCAGCGUCAGGGUGCUAUUGUGGCUGUGACAGGAGAUGGUGUGAACGAUUCUCCGGCUCUGAAGAAGGCUGACAUUGGUGUUGCUAUGGGUAUCUCUGGAUCUGACGUCUCCAAGCAGGCUGCAGACAUGAUCCUCCUGGAUGACAACUUUGCCUCCAUUGUGACUGGUGUUGAAGAGGGCCGUCUGAUCUUUGACAACUUGAAGAAGUCCAUAGCCUACACACUGACCAGUAAUAUUCCAGAAAUCUCACCCUUCCUCCUCUUCAUCCUCGCCAACAUUCCACUGCCCCUAGGAACUGUCACCAUCCUCUGUAUUGACCUGGGAACUGAUAUGGUCCCAGCUAUCUCCCUGGCCUAUGAAGAAGCUGAGAACGACAUCAUGAAGAGACAGCCCAGAAACCCCAAAACUGACAAACUGGUGAACGAGAGGCUCAUUAGCAUAGCCUACGGUCAAAUCGGUAUGAUGCAGGCCACAGCCGGUUUCUUCACAUACUUUGUGAUCCUGGCUGAGAACGGGUUCUUGCCCAUGGAUCUGCUGGGUAUACGUGUGGACUGGGACAACAAGUUAAUGAACGACUUGGAGGACAGCUACGGCCAGCAGUGGACAUAUGAGCGCAGAAAGAUUGUGGAGUUCACCUGCCACACAGCAUUCUUUGCCAGUAUCGUAAUUGUACAGUGGGCCGAUUUGAUCAUCUGUAAGACCAGGAGGAACUCUAUCCUUCAGCAGGGAAUGAAGAACCGUAUUCUCAUCUUCGGACUGUUUGAGGAAACCGCCCUGGCUGUCUUCCUGUCCUACUGCCCUGGAAUGGAUGUCGCCCUCAGAAUGUACCCACUCAAGCCUUGCUGGUGGUUCUGUGCCUUACCCUACUCUCUCCUCAUCUUCCUCUAUGAUGAGGGUAGGAGAUACCUCUUGCGACGAAACCCAGGAGGUUGGGUGGAACAGGAGACCUACUACUGACACAAAGAGGCUAUCCCCAGGAUCACUCAAUGUCACUCUGCUGCUGCAUCUCAACCAACAACAUUACACUACAUUUCAAUCUGCUACAUUACCAUUUCAUUCAAUGAACACUGCGAUGAUGCACUGAGCUACAUUGAGGAGUUCUUGAUUGUGAUAAUGCAAUUUGGAAUAAACAUCACUUCAGCACUAA